AUGGACCCUGAUACAUUCAAACAAACUAUUCCAGCAAUGAUUACUACCACUCUCCCGAUUCACCCAAAAAUUCCAACAUCAAGUCAUCUUCUGAAGCUUCCAUCAGAACUAAUCGAGGAAAUAUUACUCUACCUUGACCCAUUCGAUCUAACCUCCAUCAUAACGACUUGCUCUUAUUUGGCCAGUCUUGCCCGAUCGGAUGCUCUAUGGCAUUUUCAUGUCCAACAAAAUGUACCAGGAAUCAAACUGAUCUCACCGUUCCCGUGCCUCAGCUACAGACAGCUCUAUGCGGCACACUUCCCUCAUUGGUUUAUUCCUAGGAACAAAGUAUGGUUCGGCAGUCAAGACAUGGUGGGAAAGCUAAUUAUCACUCGAUACAACCCAGUUUUGGGCCAGAUUGAAGGGUAUCAGUUAGUUGCCGAAAGACUACCCACAACUUCUAGAUUUUGGGAUGAUGAUGGGGAAGUUUUAAUUGAAGAUUUCAACCCGAAUUGCCGGCUGAAUCUAGAACAACCCAUCAUUUCUCUAGACACCUUAGAAAUAAAAAAAUCUGGCAAAAGGUUCAGUGAAGCCACAACCAUGAAAAUUGAUUGGCCCCGACAAUUUUUGCCACGCACCAGUGACCCAAGCCGUCACCUAACGCCAUAUUAUCUAUCACUUGCCAAAGAAAACGCGACUGGAAACGAGGAGAAUCAUGAUGUUCAAUUAUGGCCACCAAAACUAAUACCCGCACGCAAUCGGUUCCAAAUUGGCGGGCCACACUGUAAUGAAGAGCGUCCACAAAGAUAUUCGGAACUAAGUGAGCAAUGUUUUAGUAUCCAGCAUAAAAUAAAUCCAAGAAUAAUGGACAAUCCAAGCAUGCAUCUCUGUUCGCUGACAUAUGCAACACUUGAUCCGCAAUUGUACACACCUACUAGAGAAAAGCCGUAUCGAGGAAUCUGGGUCGGUGACUAUAGUGGGCAUGGGUGCGAGUUCUUGCUGUUACAUCAACCUGAUAACCCAGAUCCUUUUGAUGAAUCUGCCGUCAUAAGGGAAAUAGAUGAGACUCUUGAAGACUUCGAGUUACGAAAAGAAGAAGAGCGAAUAUACCGCGGAAGUAUAGAAGCCAUUAAACUUACAGGAGAUCCAAAUGUUCCACGAGGAGAACAUUCAUUCAUUGCCGCUGAUAUAUCGAAUAAAGGACUUAUUUACAUUGCCAAGGACAAAGCCUUCAAGGGUGCACGUGUUGUAAGGAGUGCUGGUCACAUUGCAGCAGAUAUGUUUCAGAACGAUCAUUUCAUUGAGUGCCAGUUGAUUUUAGGUUCGUAUAAUAGGCUAGCUCAACAUUGGAUAGGAUUUGGCCAAGUCAGUUUCUUGGAGAGGGUUAACAUUGAUGACUUUUUAUCGCCAUCCUCUUGA